AAGUAGUAAGAUAGUCGACUCACAUGCUCAUGGAAAAUAAGCACACAGAGCAAUGAAAAACAGAAAAAAGAUCAUUAAUGGGGUCAACAGGGCCAAAUUCAAACCUGGAUCUAAGAAGAGGGAAAAUAAAUGUGUCGUCAUGUUUGACGACAAGGAGCGAGAGGAAUAUCUCACUGGUUUCCAUAAGAGAAAAGUGGAAAGAAGGAAAGCAGCUGUAUCUGAAAUACGCAAGAAGAUCAAGGAAGAACAGAAUAGGGUCAGAGAAGAGAGGCACAAGGAAUACGUGAAAAUGCUGAAGGAGCGACAAGAAGCGCUUGAGGAAAGUGAAGAUGAUCUGGAAGAUGUGAUCACCAAUACAACAGAGUCUGUUCAGUUUGACCAUCCAAAUCACACGGUCACAGUGACUACCAUCAGUGAUCUGGACCUCACCACCAAUCACUUGCUUGAACGAGUGACGAAAAAGGCCAACGGGAAGAAAGAAGAUAACGAAAAUGAGGAUGAAGAGGAUAAACCAAAGACAAUGCCAAAAAAAGCGGGGGCUCCAAUCUUGAACAAAAAGAUCCGCUCGCUGACUGCCUCACUCAGUGCCUACACCAGCAAGGGGAAGAGGAAAGGGAAGCAGGAAGGCCGAGGAGGACGAGGGCGGCAGGCAGACAAGAGGGCUGACAAGAGAGUCGGCGAGAGCAAAAUCAGCACCAAGAAGACCAGCAAGUGGCAGAGACGACGCAUGACGGGGAAGAAGCAGCGUCAUCAAGACUGAAAGAUCAACUUUUCUGGACUAUUUUGGCUAUUUGGGCUGAAUAUGGGGCAGCACAGUGAACAAGUGGUUAGACCAUCUGCCUCACAGUUCUGUUCAGUGUGUGGAGUUUCCAUGUUCGCUGAGUACUCCAUGUACUCCGGCAUCCUCCCUUAUUCCAAAACCAUGCAUGUCAGGUGAAUUGAAAACUCUCAAUUGUCCUCAGGUGUGAAUGUGAGUGUGAAUUGUUGUUAAUCUAUACAGUAUGUGCCCUGUGAUUGGCUGCGUGAACCCUGCCUCCGCCCAGUCAGCUGGGAUAGGCUCCAGCCAACCCGUGACCCUAAUGAAGACAAGCAGUAUAGAAAAUGGCUGGAUGGAUGGGCUGAAUAUGUGGAAUGUAAACUGGAACAAAAGAUGAUCAGAAUGCUCUGCAUUAAUUUGGCCUAUCAUGUUAAACACUGACCACUUUCUCAUUCUAAUGAGAACCAAUACAAGAGCUGUAACCACAUACUCCAUUUUGACCAGCAUUGCCACAGAGAUAUUACUGUAACAAUAUUAUUUUAUUGUGGUUGGAGCUUUCUGAACUGCACCGCAUCAUGUCAAGAGCUGUUUCAAAAAUGUUAACUUCUGUCAUUAAAUAACUAAUAAAAAGUUAACAUUCAA